AUGAAGUUAUGGACGGUGCUCGGUUGGGCACAAGCGACUCUUGCCAGUGAGCAGUGCUACAGCUCCCGCGGCUGCGAGGCCGCUCGCGCCGGCACGCCCAGCACCGACUGCUCGGUCUUCGGCGUUGACGGCGCGGAACGGUGCCUGCGGGCGUUGAACGCGAGCAGCGGAGUGGAUCUGGUGCCGCUGGAGGAGGUCAUGGCGAAGUUGGAGGAAGUUGGCCAAGAGCAGCUGCACGCGGCGGCGCUGCGCGGCGACGCCUGGGUGGAGCGCUUCGCGCGGCGGCACUGCCGAGACGACCGCGUGGAGCGGGUGCACUUCCCGAAGGACUCCAAAGGCGAGGCCGCGCUGCGGCGGCGCCUCGAGCAGCUGCGCACGCCGAGCAGCGCGAGCAGCGCCUCGUCGUGGCUGCGCGACGUGAUCCUGGUGCACUCGGACGAGCUGCAGGAUGGCAUCGGCGCUCGCUUCAAGAAGGCCAUCGAGCUCAUGGGUGCAGCGCUGCUCUUGGGCUUCGACGGUGGUGUGGUGAACCUACCACCCGCCGGUGGCCUCUUGCACCCCAGCUCCUGGACACAUGGCCCCGUGUGGUGCCACGAGAGUCCGGCCGAUGGUCCUGAGGAGCAGACCCAAAACCCGGACUACCCUUUGAGAUGUUGGCGCUUCGACCUGCAAAAAGACUUCUUGGCGCAGAGCGAGGAGCCCGAAGGGCGACAACUGCUGUGGGGCUACGAAUAUCCUGAACUGGAGAACAGCUCCAAGUCCUUCGCGUGUUUCAGCUUUCAAGGAGAGCUGCACUUGCUUUGCACCUCAGGCGAUUUGGAAGGUCCUCCCUGGCGCUUCCUCCAGCGCUUCCCGCAGACACCGCCCACCCUGCAGCGCCUCUUCCGCAGCGCGCGCCGCUUCGCGGCCGCGCCGCGCGGUGGCACCGCGCGCGCGGCCGCCGCGCCGUGCGGCUACGGCGAUGGCGGGCUGCGGCACGUGGCGAUGCACGUGCGAAGGGGCGACGUGGGAGAGAAGUCGGGCUAUGCCCUGAACCAGCAGCUGAAGGCGGACUUCCCCAGGCCGUGGCUUUGUGCCUUAGCACGUGCCCUGGCUCCGGCCGACGCCGCCCGCGCGUUGGGCACUGGCCGCGGGGCUCUGCGGCGCAGAGGCCUCGAGGGCUUCCGUGCCUUGGGCGGCACCGGUGGUGAUGAGGUCCUGCCAGAGGUUCACAUCAUCGUGAACAACAAUCCUCGAGAGGCGCUGCUCUGCAUGGCCUCUGCCGAGGUGCUCAUCACCAGCUUGAGCAGCCUCAGUUGGAGCGCCGCCGUGCUGAACGAAGGCUUGGUGCUUCAUCCAACUGUUGGAGCGCGGUCGAUGCAGAAGGAUUUGCGCGAUCAGUACCUGGACUGGGCUGAGAACUGGUUUCCAGCCAGUGACGUUUGGAACCAUCCAGAACGUCUUCGCGAGUCGCACGUGGAGGUGACGCCCUCGGUGAAGGCGGCGCCGAGCCGCCGCGGCAGCAGCUUCCGUGAGAUGGAGCACCCACCACCGCCGCCGCCACCGCCGAAGGGCUUGAGCUGGGAUGAGAAGAAGUUGUGCAGCCAGCAAGAGUACUACGAGGAUUGCAUCCAGUGCUGCAGAGAGAAGAUGCCGGCGCACUCGGCCAAAUGUAUGCAUAAGUUCUGCACGCCACUGCUGACGAAGCCAAAGCCGCAAGAUCUGCAGUGA